AGAAUGGGGGUGGUAUGUCUUAAGUUAGUGUCGUAUAGCCUCCUGUCGCGGGUAGUCGAAAACAAAAGUUGUCGUAAUGAAAAUUUGCAAAACUUGUGGAGAAGGGUCUAUAAUUGAAGAAACUGAAGAUGGGAAGACAUUUUCUGUUUGUACCGACUGCGGCACACUAGAUAAUGAAACACCAGAACUAACAUCAGAACAGCAGUUUAGAGUUAUUCUGGACAGGGAAGACAUUUUUAAUGCCUCUACCACGUUGUAUUCUGGACAGGGAAGACAUCUUUCAAUGCCUCUACCACAUUGUAUUCUGGACAGGGAAGACAUCUUUCAAUGCCUCUACCACAUUGUAUUCUGGACAGUUUCCCACUAUCGUCAAAAUUGAUCUGAAGAGAAGUCGAUGUGAAAUUGUUAAAACUAUAUUGACACUAGUGGACUAGAAAGUUCGAAGUUAUUGCUAAGUUGUUGUUUUUUAAAUGUAAUCAUGUUGACUUUAUUUUGGUAUUUUUUUUAUG